AAAAUAUUAUCCACUUUUGAUUAGAUUGAAACAUUGUGUAGAGGUCUGCUGCGUAUCUCCAGUCCAAAUCUGGAUUUUUUUUCAACUCCAACAUCUUCCACUCAGACAUGAAUCUUCUUCAUCUUCAUCCAAUUCCACAGUGCUCACUCAAUGUCUCUUCCCCUACAAUUUCACGUUUUCAGAUAGGUUCCUAUUCUUCUUUCCCCCCUUCUUCACAGUCUUUGACCUUGAGGAGGAGCUUUAGUUCAAGAGCAACAGGUCCCAUACAAAUUCCAGCACGAGACAGAGUCAUAGAUUUUGGAAAAUACAAAGGUAAAAUGCUGGGAACACUCCCAUCUAAAUACCUCAAAUGGGUUUCCAAAAAUCUCCGAGCUCGUGAUUUUGAAGAGUGGGCCAAGCUCGCAGAUGAAGUCCUUUCUGACUCUGUGUAUAAAGACCGAAUUGAGUGGGAGUUUGCUCAGAAUCUCCUGAACGGCGACGUUUCAGCAAGCACGCAGAGUGCAGUUUCUGAGUUGCUGGAAAUCAGCACUAGAUUUGGUUGGGACAAUGAAGACAAGCUUGGUUGGAGCAAAAUUGAUUAUGAAUUACUUGGUACAUCCAAAGGCGGUCGAAUACCAAGACUUUCUGAUUACACCAAUUUAAAAGGGACUGCUGAAGUUGAUAGUAGUGAAACUGGAGAAGGUGAAAAAGACACUAGGGAGAGAAGACGGGAACGGAUAAGGUUACAGAGGAGAAAGAACGAUUCUGGCUCGCGGUUGCAAUCUUCAACUAUGACAGAAAGAACAAGAAAUUUACAGAAUCCUGAGAAUCAUACUGAUUAUAAUACAAUCAACAAAGACCAUUCUGUAUCAAAUAAUGGAAGUCCUUUUCCUGGGCGCGAAGCACUGUUGAAGAAGGCCUUGUCUCUUGGUAGCAGGAAACAGUUCUAGCAACUGUGCAAUCAUCUGUUUUGAGAUUUUGUUAGUGUAUACAAAAACUGGUAAAGUUGCUGCCAUGUGGUCAGGAGGAGGUCAUGGGUUCGAACCGUGGAAACAGUCUCUUGCGGAAAUGCAGGGUAAGUCUGCAUACAAUAGAUCCUUUAUGGUCCGGCCCUUCCCCAGACCCUGCGCAUAGCGGGAGCUUAGUGCACCAUAGCGGGAGCUUAGUGCACCAGGCUACCCUUUUUUUGUGUAUACAAAAAAUUGAAUUCAUUCUUGCUCAAAGCAUACUGCUAAGCUGGUGCAUUUGUCAUAAACAAGGAUAGUGCAAGUCCCAAAAAGAGAAUGCAAGAUUGGAUUUUAAAUAAAUUUUGGCUACUCUUAGGCCCCGUUUGGCCAUGAGUUUUGUCAAAAUAAAUUUGAAACUUAUUUCCAAAACUCAUGUUUCGCCAUAAAUUUUGCCCAUAUUUUGGCCAAAUUACAAAUCUCAAAUUCAGCUAUUGAGCUGAUUUUGGG